CCACUGGUGUUAUUUUCUUUUGUUUCCCGGCAGCAGGUUGAGCGUCAGGCACACACACGAUGGUGUCAUUGAAACUGCAGAAGCGGCUCUCUGCUAGCGUUCUCAAAUGCGGGAGAGGGAAGGUCUGGCUUGACCCUAAUGAGGUCAAUGAAAUCUCCAUGGCCAACUCCAGGCAAAAUAUUAGAAAGCUAGUGAAGGAUGGUUUUAUCAUCAGGAAGCCAACCAAGAUCCACUCUCGAUCUCGUGCCCGCCGAAUGAAGGAGGCCAAGAGAAAGGGACGUCACUCUGGAUAUGGUAAACGCAAGGGUACUAGGGAGGCAAGGCUUCCUACAAAGAUUCUCUGGAUGAGGAGGAUGCGUGUGCUAAGGCGGUUGCUCCGUAAGUAUAGGGAAUCAAAGAAGAUUGACAAACACAUGUAUCAUGAUAUGUACAUGAAGGUGAAAGGUAAUGUCUUCAAGAACAAGCGUGUGUUGAUGGAGAGCAUCCACAAAUCAAAGACUGAGAAAGCAAGAGAGAAGACUCUGUCUGACCAAUUUGAGGCUAAGCGGGCUAAGAACAAGGCAAGCAGGGAAAGAAAGAUUGCCAGGAGGGAGGAGCGUUUGGCUCAGGGACCUACAGAGCGAGCCCCACCUGCACCUCAGGCAACUGAGGGAAACAAGAAGGCGAAGAAAUGAGACACUUGGAUUAGUUAACCUAUUUAUCUUUUGCUAUGUAGAAGUUUUAUUUUAUAUUUUAGCAUUAGAGAAGUUUUGGCACUUACGCCAUUUCCUUUUUGGCUUUUGUUACCUUAUGUUUGUACUUCCGAGAAUUGAAACAUGAAAUCCAUUUCUGAUUUUUGUGAUGCUGC